AUGGAGGCGGCCUAUGAAGCGCUGGGGACCGAGGUGGAGGGGGUGUCGCCCUUCGACGAGCCGGCAUUCAACGGACACGACGAGCUGCAAGAAAUCCACAUGUCCAGCGACAGCUUUCCUCCGUGGACGCAGAGCCAGGACGACGCAGCAGGCCAGCUCGACGACGACGAUGGCGAUGAUGCCCCGCCCGUCCACGCAGGCCAGGCGCAGGGGGGGAUGCCCCAAUUUGAACUCCUCGAGGACGACCACGCAGACGGGACGUGGAUGGGGCGCAUGGUGGAUGAGGUGGACCGCAAGAAGAUCAUCACCUUUUCGCUGAUGGUGCAGAACGGCUGCGUGAUGAUCUGCGCCGUCUUCCUCUACCUCCUCCUCCCCUUCGAGGCACCCCACCCGCCGCUGAGCGAUUGGCGAUUCCUCUCCCUCUUCUUCUCCCUCGUCGCGGUGGGUUCGGUGGCGGCGCUGGCGUCCAUGGCCGAGGACAUUGCGGUGGGCCGCGACUGGGUGGUGGUCCUCACCUCGGGCGAUCGAGACGCCCUCACCGACGCCAAUGCCAUGGUGACACGCAUUAGCCUUUUCUGUAAGGUGGCGGCCCCCGUGGCCUUCUCCCUCGUCAUGUCCAUCACAUCCACCACGGGCAGCUUGAUAUUCGUGUGUAUGUGGAAUGCGGUGUCGAUCCUGCCGGAGCUGUUCUCGCUGCUGCACAUCUACAACGAGGUGCCGGGCCUGCAGAAGAAGAUCGUCGUCAGGCAGUCGCACGGCAACGCCUUCUCGACCCUGUGGGCCGGGUGGCGCGCCUACAUCGCCUCCCGCCGCACCUUCCUCGCCAGCUUCGCCUACGCCCUCCUCUUUUGGACCGCGCUGAGCCCGGGGGCGUUGAUGUCGGCGUACCUGCUGACGCACGGAAUCAACGAAAUCUACAUCGCCCUCUACAUGGGCAUAUCGUCGGUGAUCGGCAUGAUCCCCACCUUCUUCACCUCUCGCCUCUUCAAGCGAUUCGGCAUUGAGAAAACGGGGUUGUACGCGAUCUGGGGCCAGGAUGUGUGCUUGCUGGUGGGUGUUGUGUUCUUCCUGGCGCCCAACGUGGUCCAGUUCGGCCGCCUCGUCGCCGACGGCCAACUCAGCCUCGCCAGCGCAUUGAGCGCGCUCUUCUUGCAAGAGGAGGAGAGCAACAACAACGCCUACACUUCCUGGUCGCUCUGGGAGUAUGUGCCGGCGGAGUCGCGGGGCGUCAUCAACUCGGUGGAGUACUCGCUCACCAACAUCUUCUCGCUCUUCUCGUUCGCGAUGGGCAUCGUGUUCUUCUCGCCGGAGCAGUUCGGCAUCCUCGUCGUCAUUUCCUUCGGCGCAGUCACCGCGGCCGCCCUCUGCUACUCGCGAUGGCUCCAAACCGCAGGAGCCCAGCAUCCGCAGCUCGCCCACACCAACGCCGCAUAG